CUUGAGCAGAAGAAGCAUAUUCUCUGAAGGUGCCUCUGCCCACCACACCAAGCAUAAGGCCACAAGGAAGAUCCCCACCUGCAAAGCAGGCCAGCCUUCCCCAGAGAGAGCAGGUCUCCUCAUUGCCUUCAACAUGAACUGGCACAUGAUAAUCUCUGUUCUUUUCAUAGUGGUGCUUAAAAUUGUUGGAAUGACCUUAUUUCUGCUUUAUUUCCCACAGAUUUUUGGCGGAAAUCAAGUCAACUUCCUUCCCACAGAGAGCUAUGGAACAGUCUGCCCCAGAAGGUGGUAUUUUUAUCAAAGAAGAUGCUUUUUGUUGUCCCCUUUUGAACUGUCCUGGAACAAAAGCAGGGACUUUUGCAAGACAGAAGGAUCCACUUUGGCCAUUGUUGACACACCAGAGAAAUUGAAAUUUCUCCAGGACAAAACGGGUGCUGAGAAGUAUUUUAUUGGCUUAAACCAGCAAGCAAAGAACAGAUGGCAUUGGAUUGACAACUCCAUAUUUAAUGGCAACAUUAGCAGUCAGCAUGAGAAUUUCAACUGUGUGACUAUAGGCCUAACAAGGACAUACAAUGCUGCAUCGUGUGACAGCAACUUCCGCUGGAUCUGUGAGAAGCCAGCCAAAUGAGUGCAGUUCUCUGUGGCCGCUGAUAGUAAUGACAAAUACACUUUUGGAAAAAGCAAAAAGAAUAUAAUUGGGAUUGAUUCGGGAAAUGUAGAAUAUCAAAUUAGUGUAAUUGUCUUCCACAGGU